CGAUUACUCCACCGAUAGAAAUUAUCCGCUGCAACUCUGCUUCAUAAUUUACUCCGAAUUUGUUUUUAAAAAUGUCUCAAGAAAUUCGCGUUUUACAAUGUAUAGAGUGCGGUUUAUAUCAGGUGGAUAUUGUGAAGAAGAGCAACAGAUGGGAAUGCAAAGUUUGCCGCCAAAAGCAGGUUGUACACAGGGAAUUCUUUCGCGGAAGUGGAGCUGCUUGUCGAACCAAAGUGCAGCAGUUAAAUCUGGAACAUGGUCAAAGGCGACAAGCACAGGAAGAUCGCAAAAUAUUGGAAGUGCAAGAGGAGUCUGAGACUUCGUUAACCGGAAUCGAAGCUCAGUUGCAAACAUCUCCACGUCCGAAGACAACCAGUAAAUGGUCUGCCUUUGUGGAUGAACCAAUACUCCAAGCACCCAAAAAGACGCAUAUUCCAAAAAUAGUUAACCCAGAACUUGACUUGGAAGAACCAGAGAAUACUUCUUCAGCUAGAAAGUCAAGAGGUUCCAACAAGCGUAAAGCACCAGAUCAAUGUAUUGUUAAUAAAAAGCCAUUCUCAAAAUGGCAAAAGUUUUUGUAAUUAUUAAAUAAACACUAUUAUGUUGU